AUGUCGGUUGUAUCACUGCUCAACGUCACGGUCUUGAACAAUCCGGCACCAUUCAACUCGUCGUACGAGUUCGAAAUCACCUUCGAGUGCCUGGAGCAACUGCAGAAGGACCUUGAAUGGCGGCUGACCUACGUCGGCUCCGCUACUUCGUCAGAGUUCGAUCAAACCCUUGACGAGCUGUCUGUCGGCCCAGUCCCCGUUGGCGUCAACAAGUUCGUCUUCGAGGCCGACUCUCCAAAGCUGAACCGCAUUCCAAACAACGAGAUCCUCGGAGUCACCGUUAUCCUCCUCUCGUGCAGCUACGACGGCAGAGAGUUUGUGCGUGUGGGAUACUAUGUCAACAACGAGUACGCCGAUGAAGCUCUGAACGCGGAUCCUCCUGCCAAGCCCAUUGUCGAGAAGGUUCGACGCAACAUCCUUGCGGAGAAGCCUAGAGUCACGCGAUUUGCUAUCAAGUGGGACUCCGAAGAGUCUGCCCCACCAGAGUUCCCGCCCGAUCAGCCGGAAGCCGAUACGGCCGAAGACGAUGGCACCACAUACGGCGUUGAGGAGGAAGAAGAGGAGCUCGCUGAAGAGGCUGCCGUUGCCGCCUCGCUAGGCGAGGACGCAGAAAUGGCCGGUGUUGAGGACACUGCCGCCGAUGUCAAGGAGGAUGACGCGGCAUCCGAGGCCGGCAGCGAGGACCUUGAGGCAGAGAGUAGCGGCAGUGAUGACGAGGAUGAAGACGAGGAAGUCGAAGGCGAUGGUGAUGAGGAAAUGGAUGUCGGUGAAGACGGAGAGAAGGUGCCCGAGGUCAAAGGCCAUGACUCCCCCGUCAGCCACCUUCAGACUCAGGAUGUGAUGGUGCACUAA